UUGCGCACGAACGUUAAAAUCGAAUAAAUAGUCGUCUGCAGAAAGGCUUGAAGCAGACGUCACAAUACACCACGACGUCGUGGUCGAAUAAUAGUGGGGCGCGAGCAAGUGUCAAUUUGAUUAUUGUCAUCGGUUCUCGUGAAUAUCGGUGCUUCCGUCAAGACUGUUCGGAAUUUCUACCGAUGAUCGGCAAAUCGCGCAUACGUUUUCCUGUGGGUGCCGUGAGGCGGCGAGAAAGGCCACCUCUUUAAAUUAAAAGAAGGAAUGACGCUGGAGAAUCCGUUCUUUGUCGUCAAGGACGAAGUUUGUAAGGCCUUAAAUAAAAAUCGCGGUUUAUACAAACGGUGGACGGAACUGCAAGAUGUUGUUGUCACAAGUCCAAAUGUGAGCGGGGGAAUCCCAAUUUCAAGGGACGAAUUAGAGUGGACAACAACCGAAUUACGGAAAGCCUUACGUUCAAUCGAAUGGGAUCUUGAUGAUCUAGAAGACACGAUCCGUAUCGUAGAAAAGAAUCCGACAAAAUUUAAAAUAGAUAAUAAGGAAUUAACAGUUCAACGACGUUUCAUCGAAGAAACAAGGGAAGAAGUUAAGAUCAUGAAGGAUAAAAUGAAUUUAAGUAGAGGCCGGGACCGCGAUAGUACAGCAAGGCAGCCGCUUUUGGACAAUAGUCCAGCCAGAGUUCCUGUCAACCAUGGUACAACUAAAUACAGUAAAUUGGAAAAUGAAAUUGAUAGUCCGAAUAGGCAAUUUUUGGGAGACACGUUACAACAACAAAAUGAUAUGAUGAGACAACAAGACGAACAAUUGGAUAUGAUAGGUGAAAGUAUUGGAACUCUCAAAACGGUAUCUAGGCAAAUCAAUACCGAAUUAGACGAACAAGCAGUUAUGCUCGAUGAAUUUGGAAAUGAGUUAGAAGUAACAGAUUCUAAGUUGGAUGCUACAAUGAAAAAAAUGGCCAAAGUUCUUCAUAUGAGUAAUGGUAACUAUAAUAAUUACAUUCCUGCUCCUACUACUGCAACAUCUAGUGUUUCUGAUCUUGCCUCUAAACCUUCUUCUUUAUCAUUCUUAUCGAAUACAAUAACUAACUGUUUCUUAUGUUCUGGAGAUUAAAUAAAUAUUGUUAUUAUAAUUUAAUUAUAAUUAUUUAGUAACAUACGUGAAACACAUUUUCUUUUGCUUCAUUAUUUGCUUUAUUUUAUUUUAUUUUAUUAAUUUAGCUUGAUUAUAUGCACCUAAUUUUUGUGUAACAUAAACUAAUGACAUAAUUUACAAAACCUAGUGGAAAAUUAUGGAACUUUCUGACAAGUAUGAUAUUAACCAUUCAUUUUGCUUUCAAAAUAAUAUUGCAUAUCAUGAUCACUACAUACAUUCCUUUUACACUUUUUAAACUAAUUAUAACUUACAUUUAGCAUUGUUGCGCUUCAAUUCUUUACUUUUUUCUAAACAAACUGUACUAAAAUGUGAUUAAGCCAAAGAGCUGUUGGAGGGUAGAAGUCUCAUUAAAUUAAAAUAAAAGAUCUAGUACCAAUCAUUAUUUGAAUUUUAAAGGGUUCUUAAAUUAUUCGUGUUCUUUUUUCCUUUAAUUGAUUAUUGGUAUUAAAGAAAUGUUUCCUUUCGUUUUUGUUCUUCAUUUCUACAUGUUCAUAUUUUAUAAGCAUUAUAUUACUUAUAUUUUUAUUGUAAUGAGAGUAAACAAAGCAAAGAAUGGUUGAAAACCUAUGUGUACACAAUAAUUAAAGUUAAUAAUUUGCAAAGAGCCAACAUAUAUUUAAAUUUAAUAAAUAUCAGAGAUGUAGCGUUAAAAUGGACCAGUUGUAAUUAUGAAAGAAAAAUAUUAAUGUUUAACUGCAUUUAGUCAAAGUAUUUAUUAUGUACCUAGUAUGAUAGGCACUAAAAAAGUGUAGUAUAAAUCAGUUAUGGAAUCAGUAAAAGUAUAUCGUUGAAUAAAAUGUAUAUUAAAGAUAUUUAGAUAAAUAAUAAACUGUAUUUAAGUACCUCAUUUACAUGUAAAUUUUGAAAAAUUAUGCCAAAAUAUCAGGAAUUAAAUGUUAAAGUAACAGGAAGUAGCACGAUUAAUUUGUGCCUAAGAAAAUUUUAAUGUAAUAGAUUUAUAGACAGAUACAUAUAUAUACAAAUAUUUCCAGUAUGUUUUAAAAUCUCUGAUACUUCUACUUCCAAUAUAUACCAACAUGUGAUAUUAUCAUAUUGAUUCAGGUGUAGAUAAACAUAGUAUAGUACACAUUAUUAUGGAACAUUCGCAUGGCAUUGUGAAAGUGCCAUUUAGUUUAUGUGUGUAAUGAAUGUAAAUGAAACUAUAGAGUUCGAAAGAAAAGUGUUAAAAAGGAGAUAAGAAAAAUGUAAAAACAAUUAUUUGUACGUACGAUGGUUACUGAUCGAUUAUUGUUUUUCCAAUGCGUAUAAAAAAAUGUUCAUAAGUAUUAUGAAAAUUAGAGACUGCAGGUAAUCUAAAGUUCUAUUUUUAGGAAAAAUUAGGCAUAAUAGAGAGAAUUGAAAAUUAGAAAAUGAAACGUUCAUUUUAUUGUUGAAAGAGUGUUAAUAAUAUAACGUUGUGAAUUCAUACAUAAAACAGAAAUCGUCUAUUCUAGUAUGUAUUUAAAAAUCUAAAGGGAAAAAAAGUAUACUUUAUUAUUUCUCAUUAAUGACCAAUUGUGAAGAUGCACUGAUAAAUAAAACUUGCGACUUUAUUUAUACUGUACAUGUUACUGUAAGGUACCACAAAUUCCUGACCUAUUUAAAUGAUUCAGACAACCAUUAUACUAGUAAGAUUAUAUAUAUAUAUAUAUAUAUAAGAACUUGUUGCAAAUUAGAUUCUAUGUUUGAGAAGAUUCAACAUAUAUGUAUAUGAUACAAUUGAAUUUCAAAUAAUAAUAGUUUUCUAAUAUAUUGCUUUAACAAUUAUGUUUAAUUUCUUAAACAUUUAGGUAUAUGAACAUAUGAUAUAAAAUCUCUCAAUCAUGGAAUAUAAUAUAAUUUUUGAAAUAUAUGUUCAUGGAUGUGUAUUUUAAACAUUAUGUCAUUUUUCUUAUUUUUUGCUUAUAUAUGUUUGUGUGAAAAUAAUUUUUAUAUAUAUGUAUUAAUGCAAUUUCAGAAAGAUUAAUACAAAUAAGAAUCAUUGUUUUAGAGCUUCCAUAUUUUAAUGAAUGUUACAAUUACUGCUUGUUAUUUCUAAAUAACUUUAAUAUGUGAUUUUUAUAAAUCAUUUAAAAUACUAAAUUAGUUUGCAAUAUUGAUUCUUUGUACUCAAAUUGCUUAAAGAAAUUCACAUUAAUAGAAUAUUUUUUAUAAAAAGGAUUGAAUAUCUGUAUCGUAUCAUGAAAUUUUAUAAACAGCAAGUUUACUCGAUUAUCUGGCAGUGACAUACUUAUAAUUCAUUAUCUGAGUGCAAGGUAUCAAAUAAAAAAUGUUCAAUGUUAUUAUAAAUUGCUUGUUGAAAAGUGCAUGUUGAAUAUAAUGUACAAUGUUUAUUGUUUGAAGAAGGGCCAAAUAUAUAGUAUUGAUUUUCCUUAUAA